AUGCAGUGGAUAUUCCUCCUUCUUGCUUGUGUGACGUUCAAUAGUAUUGAAGCAUCAAAUUCUGAUGAAUUUCGACUUGAACCAAACGAAGCUUUACAAUUUCUUUAUCGUGCACGACGUAGUUUUCUUCAUCCCGGAAAAACAAAAUGUGAAGAACAAAAACGAGAAGCUCGUAAAGCUUAUGAAGAAAAAUGUACAGUAUUAGGCAAACGAUUUUGUCCAAAAUUAGAUAACUGGAAAACUUUUCAACAAUGGGAAAUUGGUGGUGGUUAUGAUAAUAAAAGAAAUCCAUUACCAACAGAAACAACAACAACACCACGAAUACAAACAAUGCGUACACAUCGAACACGUCUCCAUUCACCAGCAACAUUACCUACAUAUAGAACACCAUUGCCCGGACAUAGAACAAUGCGUCCAACUCAUCGUGAAUCUGAUGAUCGAAAUGAAAUCGUAACACAUAAUCCAUUUGAUUAA